CUUUUGCGACUUAUAGAUUCAGUCAACGUUCUUGAUAUGGUGCUACUCUUUCUGUGAUUUAAUAUUCGAGUCAAAGCCCCAAACUUACAAAUCAGCCACUUGAUAUAAUGGAGUGUGAAGAUGACGACGAACUUAUGUGCGAAACAGAAAAAUCAAAAAGUCAUGAAACUGAGUCGAAUGGAAUCAACAAAGUGAUAGCACAGGAUUCUGCCAAUCAUAAUGAAGACAACGCAGCACAGGGAGAAUCUACUGAUAAUAAGGACGACAGGGUUCAGAGUAUGGAGAAGUCACAUUAUUUUCCGGAGUGCAGUGAUAUUAAGAAGGACGAAAUGCGGCCGCAGUCUUCAAAAAUGGUAAAAGACGUCAGUCAGCAACAGGUGGAACAAUCUGAGGAGUCGAAUUUGAUGAAAAGUGGUCUGGAGUCAAAAGAUAAAAAAAAAACAACUUCUAUCGGCGAGUUUGCUCAGUCAAAGAGAGGAAUUUCAGAAGGCCAAGAGAAUGGUGAUAGACUUUCAAAUGAUGAAUCAAAGUGCAGUUUGGAUACAGACUCUAGUAAACGUCAAAAAACAGAUGAAAAUGUAAAUGGCUCCCUAGCAGCUAGUUGUAGGAAUGAGCUUCCAACGCAAUUUCAUAAGUUAAAGUCAAAAGUCAGGAAACGAAACUAUCGUGUCAAACAGAAUAUACAGGAUGAGGCUCAGGAUAGUUCGGAUGAUGUACUCACUGGUGAAUCAACUGGUGAAGAAACGGAAACCGUUGAUGGGGAUGUUGCCCAAAGUAAUCACCAUCUACCGUCAACUGCAGAUGAAGAAUCAAAUUUGAGUGCAAAUUUAGACAUAGCCGAAGACACCAGUGAUGAAUUGGAAGAAAAUAGUGAAGGGGAGGAGGAUGAUCGUACAGGCAAUGACAAUUCUAAUGAAUGGACGUCAGCUAGUGAGUCGAUGAGCUCUAACGAGCCAGUCCACCCGGUUAUGUCUAAAGAAAAACCAAAACCCCAGUGGUUUAUUGUCCCCGAAGUAAUCAACCGUCAACUUGGUUGCAACAGAUUAUUCCAGAGCAGAUUCUAUGGCUCGCUUCAUACUGUACAACGACUAGAACUUAUGUAUAAACUAAAGGAACACAAGGGCUGUGUCAAUACGUUAAGUUUCAAUCAAAGAGGGAAUUAUUUGGCUAGUGGUUCUGACGAUUUAAUGGUAGUUAUUUGGGACUGGCCACUAGGAAAGAAGCAUCACAUGUUUAAAACUGGCCACACAAGCAAUGUAUUUCAGGCUUCGUGGUUGCCCUUGCCAUCUGAACAUUUGAUGGUAACUUGUGCACGGGAUGGACAUGUGAGAUUAACGGAUCUCCAUAAAUCAUUGGUAGACUGUUCGCGACGACUUGCAGCUCACCAAGGUCCAGCUACAAAGCUCUCAAUUCAUCCCGAAAUACCACAUGUAAUACUUUCUGUUGGUGAAGAUGCCAAAGUAUUUGCAAUUGAUAUACGUCAGCACAAACCUACAACACUCUUGACACUGAAGGAAGGCCAGUCGCAGGUCGCGAUAUACAGCAUCAAUUCGAAUCCAUUCAAUAGUAACGAAUUUUGCCUAGGUGGAAGAGAUCAAUAUGUGCGUUUAUAUGAUAAACGAAAAGUUUCUACACCCUUGUACAAGCUUUGCCCGAAACAUUUGAAAAAUAACAAGAGUCAUGCCCAUGUCACUUCAGUGAAGUACAACUAUAACGGAUCAGAAAUCGUAGCAUCCUAUAAUGAUGAAGAUAUAUACUUGUUUGAUACUCUUUUUCCAUUUUCAAUUGGAGACUUUGCUCACAGAUAUCAGGGUCACCGAAAUAAUGCAACGGUAAAAGGAGUGAAUUUCUUUGGACCGAAAAGUGAAUUUGUUAUCUCAGGUUCAGAUUGUGGUAACAUUUUUAUUUGGGAAAAGAAUACUGAGGCGAUUGUGCAGUGGAUGACUGGAGAUGAGAAUGGCGUGGUGAAUCGGCUGGAACCACAUCCCCACAUUCCAGUUCUAGCUACUAGUGGAUUAGACUAUGAUGUUAAAGUGUGGGUCCCAUCAUGUGAGAAGCCACCAGUAAUGAAGGAUUUGGAAACGUGCAUCAAGUAUAACAUGAGGAGCAGAGAGCGAAACAUGUCCAGGGAUCCAGAUGCAUUUGACGGACAGUUGCUAUGGUUUUUAUGGAGACACGUUCGGGAAAGGGAAGAACGAAGAGUCCGUGCUCGGGGAUCAGGUCGAGGGUCUGGUGAUGCACAGGGUCGUGAAGAUGCUGGUACGUCCAGUGACGAUACGUCAAGGCAUAGUAACAGUGCAUCCGAAGAUGAGAUUGAUACGAGGCCGCAGUGUUCUCCGUCUUAAAUUCAAUACCAUGUUUUCUUGAAUCUUAUAUUCUAGCUUCAUUUCGAUGUGUAACUACAUUGCAUUGGUAAAAAACAUCAAUGGAUUUUUUUUUUGUGCAUCCAAAGACUGAACCAUUGUUGUAAACAAUGGGUACCAUGAUGUGUAAAAAAUAUGGACUGGAUCACAGUUUGCGGUUAGUUGGUAUUUUAAUUUGUUCUUUAAUCAUAGGUAUAUAUGGAUAAUAAAUUUAAUAGAAAAUUAGUCUUACCAUGAAUUUAUUGCUUCAAUAUUUACAUAAACUCAAGCAUUUGUUAAUAAUGAUAAAAGUCGUGGCUUUGGCAUGUCAGCAAACAAAAACUAAAUAUUUCUGUUUGUGCCAAAAUUAUUUGAAACAAACUGCAGUGGUAUAUAGAUAGAAUCACAAUGCACUGAAAAAUGUCAAGUGUACGAAUUUAAAGAAAAUACAUAUUUGCAGACUGGUCUUUACUGUAAUUUGAUUUUGUGUUUUUUAUUUCUACGAGAUUUUAUUUGAAAGCGCGUAUUAUAGAAAUGUAUAUAAUGCGGUACUGUAGUGUAGAUUUUGAGUACACACUAAACGCAUAUCUAUGUACUACUAGUUUCUCAAACUUCUAUUUAUUUCUUUUCCCACAUUCGGAAUAGAACUUUAUGGGGGGUUAGUACAUACUCUCAUUGUUACAUAAGGUUGGUUUACCAUUGUAUGUAUUUUUACUCCUUAAAAAUCGUGAUAAACAUAUGUUUUUAGGGCUUUGAUAUACAGAGAAGUUGAAUAAAGGGUUGUUUUCGAUAACCGAAUAUGUUGUAAUUGUAUUGGUAACUAAUUUUACACUUUUGCAACUUUUUCUACCACCUUAGGGGAGCGUAUUUAGCCGUGACCUGAAAAAGUUUAGGAUGAAUAUGUAUCUGAAAAUUUCAAUGAAACUAAGUCUCGCCAUUUUUUAUCUGGAAUUUUUUAUAUGAAAACUAAUGAAAUCUCACUUUCCUCAGUCACAGACUUGGAUCGCCUAGCCCAAAAAGGAUGACAUAAUAUAAUAAAUUGGUAUACAUUAUUAUUAAUAGUAAUACAUGUAUAAUAAACAAUAUUCUACAAUAAUUAACAAACUAGGACUUUUUAAUACUAUAUUACGUAUCAAGAUACGAAGAUUUUUUUCGAAUAGUUUCUGUAUCCAACUACUGCGAUUUGAUAUCAAAACAUAUUGAACUUGGUGAGCUUGCACAAUAAUGGUCCUUCAAAUUGUAGUGUCACAUUCACCUGAGAAUUUUCUCAAUUCUUUCCACAUUGAACGUAUAUUUGCUCACAUACUGGCGAGUGUUGUGUUGUAGUCGUUGGACGAAUUUUUAGAAUAUUCCGAUUGAUUGAGCAAGUCCUGCGUACAUGUGCAGAGUAGUCGCCCCCAUGAACAAAGUUGUAACACCUUUGAUGAAAAGCGACGACCAGGGUCCAGCCAGCA